AUGGGCAAUCUCGGUGACCUGUCACCCCAAGGGAGUGUCGCGAUCGGAGUUCUUGUCGGGUUAAUCUCGGCUAGCCUCCAGGCGAUCGGACUGACUCUCCAGCGCAAGUCGCAUAUCCUUGAAGACGAGAAACAUCCUUACGAACUUCGAAGACCUCCAUACAAACGACGAAGAUGGCAGCUGGGUAUGCUCAUGUUCGUCCUUGCAAACAUCGUCGGGAGUACAAUCCAAAUAACUACACUUCCGCUUCCUGUGCUUUCGACGCUUCAAGCAUCGGGGCUUGUCUUUAAUACGAUAUUCGCAACGUUGAUUCUUGGAGAGGCUUUCACUCGAUAUUCGCUGAUAGGGACCAUCUUGGUCUGUGGCGGUGCUGUCUUAAUAGCAGUCUUCGGCGCUAUUGGAGAACCGGCGCAUACCCUCGAUCAACUCCUCGAGCUUCUUCGUGGCCGAACUUUCAUUCUCUGGGUGGCGGGGACGGCACUGCUGUCGGUGGCUAUCUUAAUCGGGUCGAAGCUCCUACAAUUCUUCACUACUGCACGUUGGAAGCAUCCUACCUUACGAAACUCGUAUGUGCCGCGCCUGAAUGUGCCUCAUGCGCGUGUUCGUCUUAUACGGGGACUAUGCUAUGGGCUGGUUAGCGGCAUUCUAUCCGCGCAUACACUACUCCUAGCCAAGUCGGCCGUGGAGUUACUUGUUCGGACAAUUGUGGAUCGUGUCAAUCAAUUUAAUCGCUGGCAGUCAUGGAUUAUUCUGCUUUCAAUGAUCGGGCUUGCCCUCUCGCAGCUGUACUACCUUCAUCGCGGCCUGAAGCUUUGCAGCACGAGCAUCCUCUAUCCUUUCGUUUUCUGCAUCUACAACAUCAUCGCUAUCUUGGAUGGUUUAAUCUACUUCCGCCAAAUGCCUCAGUUGACGAGCCUACAUGCAGGACUUGUCGCGCUCGGAACCGUUGUUCUUCUCGCUGGAGUGCUGUGUUUGUCAUGGCGAUUGGAAGAUAUUGAUAGCCAUGCGCCCAUGGCGGUCGUCGGUCCCUCUCAGGCGACAAUGGGACCCGGAAUGGCUGCUAUCGAUGAGCGCACCGAGACUUCUGACCUAGGACUAGAGGAUGUGGAAGACCAGGUCGGCGAGCGAGAACCAUUACUCCGUCCAACAAUUCCUCGCCACGAAUCUCCUCGCCAGCGAGCCCCCAGUCUUCCUAUAUACUCAACAAUGUCCAAGCGGGCAUCAACCUCCUCUAAUAUGGAUCCGGCUUCAAUAUGGGCCGAACUAGACGACUCCGACGUCGAGACAACAGGCGGCGGACGAUCACCCCUCCUCACUCGAUCUCCGGUGGACCAAUUACAAAACCGUCCGCGAAGCAAAAGCAGCGCUCUACGCGGUCCACAAGGCUGGAGCCCACGACGACUCCAACAAGGCGAUUAUGAGACCAGAAAGGCACGAAUAACUUCAUUCUCUAGCUCCGAGAGUCGCCUCUUGCUUCCGAAACGACGAACAAUAGGCCCUACUUCUCCCUUGGCCGGAUACGGCACCACAAAUACCCAGCAUAAUCAACGAACAACAGGUAACGAUCACCAACAACGACGCCAAUCUACGGCCGGUGGAGCUCCAGGUCGCAUCCUCGCAGGCUCGAGGAACGCCCUUGGGAUCUGGAGAACAGGCCUCAACUAUCUAACCCGUUUCACCGGCCAGGGCCGCAGGCGGAGCGAUCCACACGACCCUGAAGCCGACCCCGUCACAUCUACACAUAGUCAGAGUCCAGAACAAUAA